AUAAUACGCUAUCGCCUAGUUGCCAACCUGCCUCCUACUGUGAGAUGUCACAAUGGAAGCCUUGUAAAACGACCUUGUCAACAGCAUUGCACAAGGUAAAAGAUUGAAGGAUGGUGAGAUGGUAAACCACCUGAAAGGUAGUAUAGUUUCUGGUUUGGGCUGAGUUAAUUUACAGGGGUGGAGGUGACAGACAGGGACUGAUUCCAAAGCAGUUGGAGAUAAGAUUGUGACUAGGUGAAUUUGGGUGAGGCAACUGCAUUUGCUCAGAUGAGCUUUUAUGCUAACCAAUUACAGAAAGAUAAUAUUCUGUCUAUGAAGAGAAGAAUGAAGUGCAGGGGUUUCCUAGCAGUUUAACUCAGGACCUUUACACUGAGCUGUAUACUAACCCUUUGAGACUAGGUCUCACUUAAAUUGCCCAGACAGAAUUUACCACCCUGCCUCAGCCUCCUGAUGCUAACAUAGUUGUGUGCCAAGUCAUACCUGGUUCUGCUUUUUUUGUGUAAAUAAGAGUAGAAAAGUGUAUUUCCCUGUGUUAAGCAUUUGUGACAGGCACUGCUGUAAUUUUCAUAUAUUGAUUCUCCUUUUUCUUGCCCUAUGUGAGAUUAAUCAGGAUUACCUGGGCCAGGGAUGUAGCUCAACAUAGCAUCUACCUUAAAAGUACAAGGUCCAGAGUGUGUUUAAUUGGUACCAGGGAUCAAACCACCUUGUGCUUGCAAGGCCAGCACAGCUGAGCUAAAUCUCCAGCCCAAGGUCCUGCAUUUGACUUUUUUUUAUUAUACCUUGGAUUGAACUCACGACCAUGCGAUUGCAAGGCAUGCACUUAAAGUGCUGAACUAAGUCCCUAGUCCCUGACUUUGAUUUAUAGUACCAAGGAAAUUGCCCAAGUUCAUAACUGAGCAGAUCUUCUGCACAAAGUACUGAACACCAGCUGAAGAAACCAGACGGAGAGGCAUGUUCAUUUAUGGGGCCAUUAUCUGUUCACCGAAGGCUGGCCAUUGUUCAUUGUACUAACAGGCUUUGUCUAAAGGGAGUGACUGGCUAGUAAAAUGUUAAAACAAUGUUAUCUUUUCCCAUGAGUUUUCAGUUCAGAUUCAAUAAGAGCUGUAUGACUGCAGUGCUGAGCAAUAACCAAAGUAGCUAUCACAAGUGUUUUAGGGCCUCCUACCCGGUGGAGACCAGCUUGCAUUAAUUAAAUCUUCCUCCGGACUUCUGGCCAUUUCCUGCCUUUGUGUCCCUUGUCAAAUUUGAGUCACUGGCUGGGCAUGGGAACUCAUCUAAUCCCAGCACUCAGAGGCUGAGGCAGGAGGAUCAUUUCGAGUUCCAAAGUGAGCUCAAGGCCAGCUGAAACUGCAUAGCGAGCGAGACCCCGUCUCAAAAAGACAAAUUUGAGUCACUGAAUUUGUAUACUAACAAGUGAAUGUGAUCUUGGAAGAGUCACAACUUCAUCUGCAAAGUACUUGUCUUAGGGUAGUGGCAUAUAACUAAUUCCCGUCCCUUGAGGUUGAAACAGGAUUUUCCUGUGUUCUAGUAUAUAGGCUGUUUACCUCAUAGAUCCUAUUAAACCACGGUGGUACACGCUUGUAGUUCUAGCACACUAGGAGGCUGAGGUAGAACAAUCACAAAUUCAAACCCAUUUUAAAGGAAUUUGGCAAGACCUUGUCUCAAACUGGUUAUAGGCAUGGUGGUACUUAGCUAUAAUCCCAGGACCCAGGAAGUUGAGGCAAAAAGAUUGGACUGACCCCAAUCUGGGUUGCACUGUAAGGCUGCAUCUCAAAAAAAAAAAAAAAAAAAAAAAAAAAUUCAAUACCCUGGGUUUGAUCCACUAUCAAAAAGCCUCAGGGUUUUAGUCAGGAUUUGUUCUUGUGUUUUGAGACAGGGUUUCACUGUAUAGUGCAGGAUUUCACUGUGUAGCUUUGAACUCACUUUGAAGUCCAGGCUGGGCUCAAACUCCCAGCCAUCUUUUUGCUUAACUGCUAGGAUUAUAGGUGUGUGCCACCACACCCUGCCAUUUUUAUAUUUUGAAACAGGACCCUGCUAAAUAGGCUAGGCCCAUUUGUGAUCCUCUUGUCUCGGCCCCAUAAGUAUUGGAAUUACAAGUGUGUGCCACUGUGCCUGCCCAGAACUUUAUGUUAGACAAAUGUAGUGAACACUACAUAAAACUCAGUUGCAGUUUCAAUGAGUUAUAGUUGUUCCUUGUUAGCUUCAGGGGAUUGGUUCCAAUACCUCCCAGGAGAUAAGAUUUAAUGUAUAUAAUGUAGUCUGUAAGUAGUUGUGUUGUCUGGGAAAUAAUGAGGAAAAGAGCCAGUUUCCUGGGUAGUAAGGGCCCUUCUCUAGCCAAAUCUCCCCAUUUCACCCAUCUUUCUGUAUGUCUUUACCAUGGACUAAAACAUGGACAGAAAGCAUGUCUUUAUGACAGUACCCUACAUUUGAUGGGAAUGUGCCACAUGAUAGGAUUCUCUAAUUCUCACAACAGCUCUGUGGUGCAGGGAGUUUCAUUCAGUUAAUUGUGUAGGUAAGGAAGAUAUUUAUCCAUACUUAAUAACAAGACAUUUAAGGAACUACUGGCCAAUAGAGCCUGAACUUUUUUUUUCUUUGUCUUUUGAAACAGGAUCUGACUUUGUAGUUUAGGCUGGCUUGGACUUUACCAUGUAUCCCAUGCUGGCCUCACACUUGUGGCAAUCCUACGUCAGCCUCCCAAGGUAUGGGGUUACAGGACACAAAGAUGCCACCCAAGCGUGUAGCUAAGAGAGCAUCACCCCCAGAAGAUGCUGUCCCAAAGAGCAAGAAAGUGAAAGACUCUCGUAACCAAGCAGUGAAGCUCACUACCUCCCGCGGUGGUCCUAGCACCCACUCCUGCCAAGUUUCACACAGGUCUCACAGUACAGCCUCAGGCAUGGUGUUGACGCUGGGCCAGGGAGACGUGGGCCAGCUGGGAUUGGGGGAGAGUGUGAUGGAGAGAAAAAAACCAGCCCUUGUGCCCAUCCCUGAGGAGGUGGUUCAAGCUGAGGCUGGCGGCAUGCAUACUGUGUGUCUCAGCAAGAGUGGCCAGAUCUAUUCCUUCGGCUGCAAUGAUGAAGGUGCCCUGGGAAGGGACACAUCAGUGGAAGGCUCAGAAAUGGUCCCUGGAAAAGUGGAACUGCAAGAGAAGGUGGUACAGGUGUCAGCGGGAGACAGUCACACAGCAGCCCUCACCGAGGAUGGCCGUGUCUUCCUUUGGGGCUCCUUUCGGGACAAUAAUGGUGUGAUUGGACUGUUGGAGCCCAUGAAGAAGAGUAUGGUGCCCGUGCAAGUGGAGCUGGAUGUGCCCGUGGUGAAGGUAGCUUCAGGAAAUGACCACUUGGUGAUGCUGACAGUUGAUGGUGACCUCUACACCUUAGGUUGUGGGGAGCAGGGCCAGCUGGGGCGUGUGCCUGAGUUGUUUGCCAAUCGCGGUGGCCGAAAGGGCCUUGAACGACUCCUUGUUCCCAAGUGUGUGAUGCUGAAGUCCAGGGGAAGCCGGGGCUACGUGAGGUUUCAAGAUGCCUUCUGUGGUGCCUAUUUCACUUUUGCCAUCUCCCACGAGGGCCACGUAUACGGGUUUGGCCUCUCCAACUACCAUCAGCUUGGAACACCAGGCACAGAGUCAUGCUUCGUACCCCAGAACUUGACAUCCUUCAAGAAUUCCACCAAGUCCUGGGUGGGCUUCUCUGGUGGCCAGCACCAUACAAUCUGUAUGGAUUCAGAAGGAAAUGCGUACAGCCUGGGCCGGGCUGAGUAUGGGCGGCUGGGUCUUGGCGAGGGUGCGGAGGAGAAGAGCAUACCCACCCUCAUCUCCAGGCUGCCUUGUGUCUCCUCAGUGGCCUGCGGUGCCUCUGUAGGAUAUGCUGUCACCAAGGAUGGCCGUGUUUUUGCCUGGGGCAUGGGUACCAACUACCAGCUGGGCACAGGGCAAGACGAUGAUGCCUGGAGCCCCGUGGAGAUGACUGGCAAACAGCUGGAGAACCGUGUGGUCUUAUCUGUGUCCAGCGGGGGCCAGCACACAGUCUUAUUAGUCAAGGACAAGGAACAGAGCUGAUGAAGCCCACGAGUGCCUGGACCCCACCUUCCCUCACAGAACAGGGAAGCAGAGAUGGCAGCAAAUCCCAGCAGCCUCUCCCCAGCCUGUUCUGAACACUGUGUCAUCUCCUGCUUUUUCCCCAUCAACAGAGCAGAAUCCUUCUCCUCUUUUUCAUCCUCCUUUCUGGAAUCAUCCUGGCACCUGCAGGAUGAAGUAGGGAGAGGAGGGUUUGUUAGAAGGAACAUUGCUGGCCCUCACCGCAGACUCCUGUGGCUGGACCUUUUGCCCCACUGCUCUAUCUCCCUCGUGGCUGGCUCUGACUUUGCCUUCCACAGUACCACAAUGUCCUCUCCCUGGGGAUUUGGUGCCUGCACUCUGAGAAGCUGGGGCUCCACCAAGCCCCAACUCUAAUUAUGUGCUACUCUUCCUGUCCUAACAGUCCAUGGGCACCCAGACAGUUAAAAGUCAUCAGACCCAGCUGUCAUGGACCCAGGCCUGGGACAGCUGGAGAAGGGGCAGGGAUACAGAGCUGUGGGCAACCCCAAGCCAAAUACUUGGCUCUGAACAGGUGUCCAUAGGGCAAAAGACAAUGAUUCACUUGAAGGAAAAAGCCAACUACUGUAGCUAUUCACCCAGAAGCACAAAGCAUAGUGUUUGCCUAUCGGGUGUUGCUUGUAUGGUCCCCAUCCAUUGGGCCUCAUAUGCAGCCAAGGACCCCAAAUCCCCACUGGGCAGGGCAGAGCAGGGUAUAGGCAGAGAGAGGAUGGAGGUUUUAUUCACAAAUGUAUGGCAAUAUUAAGAGGUGAGGGAGGGGAAGAGGCUGGUCUCACGAAAAGGAAGCAGCAAUCUGUACAGUGGCUGAGAAAAUAGUUCUAAUUUUUUAAAAUUGUAAAAUAUUUUUGAGGGGAGAGUGUAACCUUUUAACACUUUGAAUAAAAUUAAGAGUUUUAUAAAAUAA